AUGCCGCCCUCGCUCCUGUCGCUCCCCGACGAGCUCCUCGACCUCGUCGUCGACCAAGCGCUCGGCGAGUACGCGCCGAGGCUGUACAAGGCGCGGCAAGAUACCUGUCGAGCCCUGUCGCUCGUCAACAAGCGCGUCGGCGCCAUCGCGAGCGCGAAGCUCGUCGAGGUCGUGCACACCUUUGCGUUCUCGCGAUUCGGCGUCCCGGUCCGGUUCAAGCCUGAGGAGGCCCCUCGGCGCAAACGCGUGAGGACGCUGUGGCUACAUGGCGGCGGCAGGCCAGGUCCGACAGACGGCUUCCUGUCGUACGCCGCCAUUCGCGACCUGCGGCUCAUCGACUUUCAAGACGUCCGCCUCGAGAAUCUCGGCCUACUACCAGAGCUCCGCACGCUUGUCCUCGCGCAGGGCCACUUCUCGAGCAAGAAGCCCUUGGUCGCGCCCAAGCUCGAGCGGCUCGUCCUGUACCACUUCAGCCAUUCGAGACGCCCGCACCAGAACGAGGGCUUUACCGCCGCAGGCUGCCCCUCGCUCCGGCCCCUGUACCUCGACGUGUCGCACGACGGGCGACCCUGGUCAUGCUCGCAAGACCUACUCGACCAGGUCGACACCCUCGGCUCGUACCACCUAGAUGAGCUUCGCGUGAGGUCGAGCUACAGCGCCCUCGACGUCUCAGACACCGCGGCGCUCGACAAGGUGCUGUUCGACGUCUGCUGCGCCGGGUCCGUCAAUGGCGUCCCCGGCGAGCCCACACCCCGAGUCCGACACCUUUGCGUGCAUGCCGACUCGUCCACACCGCCGUCAGACUGGGCCAGGCUCGCCGACGGCGUCCUCGGCAGUUUCCCCUCGCUCGAGACCCUGUACCUCCCCCUCGCCGUCGACGUCUCCCGCGUCUUGCUCGAACGCAGUCUCCUCGACGCCAUGCGCAAGCUCGUCGCCGACUGCGAGCGUGCUCGGGUCGUAGUCGUGUACGAGCACGCGCUCGGCGCACUCCGGCCGGGCGAGGACCGCGCGGCGCCGCACUUUGAGGCGCGCUGCCGGCGCAUCAAGGCCGAGCGCUCGGCGGCGGCGGCGCAGUCGACGACGACGGGUGCGGCGGCGCGGCGCUGA